AUGAAGAGCGACUCUUCUUCAUCCCGCGGGCUUAGGCCCCCAGCGUCGCGCGGGUUCUGCGGCUUAGCCACAAUCCACGCCUUGUUUAUCGGGUUUACUACCCGACGUUGGCAACAGCGUCCCGCACGGCGGCGCUUUUUUGUCCCGACUGUGGCCUACGACGGCCGUUGCAAGAUGCGCGAUUGGUUUCUGGCGGGAAAGCGCAGUGCAACAGCACGACAACCAGCCGCGGUGUGGAAACGUUUCAAACACAAACCAGGCUGGAGCGUAUGCAACGUUGCCGCCCGCCGUUGGCAAACGUCAUCCCCUCGCGCCAGUUUUCCCCGCCGCUUCGUAGUUGCCUCCGCGGGCGGCCGCGUGGGGGCUCAAAAGCCGCGGGCGACGGCGAGCUCACUUUGA